AUGGUAGACUCGGAGUAUGAUUAUUUGGCAAAUAUCCUUGUAAUUGGAGAUAUGCAUGUUGGGAAAGCAUGCCUACUCAUAAGGUUUGUGAACAAUGUUUUCUUUCCUGAUCACUGAGAUUGGCCAGAGCGGUCUUUUGUGGAAAAAUUUGAACAUUUUUAUGAAUUUUCUGUGAAAGUUACGAUUUGAAAAGGAAAAGGAAUAGAAAGAAUUGCAACCUUUUGGCCCAUGAGCUAUAAAAAUAAAGAAAUUAUAAUAAUAGUAUUUGACUUAUCUAGAAGAAGCACUUUUGAUAGCAUUGAUUAUUGGGUAGCCCAAACCAAAAAUUAUGCAUCGAAAGAUACAAAUUUUUUACUAAUUGGCAAUAAAACUGACUUGGAAAGAGAGGUCGGAUAUCAAGAGGCUUGAAAAAAGGCAUUAAUGCUAGGAAUGUUAUAUGUCGAAACUAGUGCUAAAUAUGGGCAUCAGGUAAAUUACGCUUUUAGAAGUUGUUUAGAAAGCUUAGUUUGGAGAAUCAGACAUAAUUAUGACAAAUUGGUAAAAUAA